AUUGUCAGUCAUUGCAGAUUGCACGGUUUCAUUUUAGAAUUAUUUAUUUGAUACCUAAUAUGUCUAUCCGAGCUUUAAACUGUGCGACAGUAAAGUUGGUGACAAGUACGCAGAUUAUAACCUCCGUAUCGAGCGUCGUUAAGGAACUCGUCGAAAAUUCAUUGGACGCCGGUGCUAAGAAUAUCGAAAUUAAUCUGACUGACGACGGUUUGUCAUUAAUUGAAAUUCGAGAUGAUGGUUGCGGAAUUUCUGUCACCGAUGUGUUGAACAUGGCAAUGCCUCACUGCACAUCAAAGAUAUUAGAUUUUGCAGAUUUAGAUUCGUUGACAACGUAUGGGUUUCGCGGCGAAGCUCUCAACGCAAUAUGCAGGGUUGCAGCCGAAGUCAGAGUCACGACAAAAACGAUCCAAGAUGAAACUGCAAGGUCGUAUGUCUUGGACAACAAUGGGUGUAUUAUUAGCAGGGAAUUAUCUCCUCCCUUUGUCGGCACAACAGUACGAGUUAGAAAGUUGUUUGAUCAUAUUCCGGUGAGGAGGCAAAUAAUUUCGAAUGUGAAGAAGUCAAAGCAAGAUGUAAAACUUGUAGAAAACAUUCUCAAAGGCCUCAGCAUGGCUAAACCAAUUGUCAGAAUGACUUACAGAGUAAAUAAUCAUUUGGUAUUCUUAAAACCAUCAUGUGAUAAUAUAAAGGAGGCGCUUGGACACUUUCUCGGAGGUAAAGUGGUCGCGAAUUUGGAAUGGAUUACUCAUGAGGACUCUGAGGUAAAAUUACAAUUAAUGAUACCAAAAAAAGGGUUAGCAGACCUGCAACUUGUGUAUGAGUCUAAUCAGCAAUAUGUGAUAAUAAACGAUCGGCCUGUUAAAUACAAGCAAUUUGAAAAGAUUAUCAGUGAGAGUGUGGCAGAUCAUUUUGGUGACAAAGCUCCAGGAAGAAAGCGCCCAAUAUUUCUCAUUAGUAUCACAGUUGCACCCAAUGAAGUGGACGUUAAUUUAGAACCGAAUAAAACAUCUGUACUUCUUAAAAACCAGGAUAUUAUAUCGAAAAGGAUUGGUACAAUUUUAGCAAAUUUUUAUGAUAUACGUGAUGAGAAUACUAGACCUGAGUUCUCUGAGAUGAAUACAUCGAUAAAUGGAACCCCAGAGUAUCACGAUGUUACGCACAAUGUUAUUAGAGAGAUGGAAGUACCUGUCUGCAAGAAAUCCAAGUUGAACAACAAUAAACAAAGAGCUCGCGAUUUUAUUGUUGAUCUAAAUACUGAUUCUGAUAUGAAGCGGAAAGGAUCUGAUAAACUGUUCACAAACGACGGUGUGGGAGCUGAUGUGAAUUCCAGUGUUAUAACUGAUGAUAUUCAAGGUCAAAAAACCUCGCCCGCAGAUAGAGAUAGUAUUAACAGUUUAUUGAAAACUUUUCCUGAGCCUAUUCUGAGCGACUCCGACGAUGAAUCAAAUGUACAGAAGGAUUUCCACGUACUUAAACAACCGUUUCUAUUCAAAACUGGCCAUGCUGUAAGACCUAUUGCAACUGAAAAACAGAACUCGGAGUUUGGCCAGGAAAUUCCCAGGAAUUACCUGGAACCGAAUGCCACAACACCUCCUGAAAUUGAAAGUAAUAACAUGCAGAAGAAUAUUGAGUCAAUUACUUCUGACAACUACUGCGAAACAUUGAGCCAAUUACCAAUCGUCGAUCUUGGCGAGGAUUUUGAUAUUGCUGCAGUACUGGAAAAACCGAGGCUUUUGCUACAGCCAGAAAUGGUUUCGAGCCCGUCAAAAUCAUCCAAAGACAACAAUCAGGCCAACAACAGUUCAGGAAAUUCCGAUUCUUCGUUGAAACUUUGGAGUAGGGGACAAAUACCAGGACUAAGGAGCCCCACUCACGUCUCUGUCUAUGAAGAUCCAAAGAAUACUGCCAAAGCCAAUAGUAAUGGAAAUCAAACUACAGAGCAACCGAUUUCUCAAACUAUAUAUCACAUUGGAUUCUCCAAGUUUUCUUAUGAAAUUAGAGCUCAAGUGCUUGAAGAAAAUCCAGGUGCGACGUUGCCGAUGAUUGGAAAGAUUUUGGCUACUCGAUGGAAAGAGCUCUCGUCCGAGGAACGUGGAUAUUACAGAGGUUUGGCAUUGGAGGAAAAGAAGAAUUCAGAGGCAGAGAAGAAAAAAUUGAAAAACAAUAAGCUGACCCAACAAGAGGCAGACAAGAAUAAAGCAAGACUUGUGCAAAUGCUUGAAUCAAUGAAGAAAAAAAGCAACAAAAAAGGCUCGCUGAGCGAAAGAACCACAGCUGUACAGGAGAUGAAUAUUCAAAAUAUCGCUAAAAGCUUCUACACGAAACCAACGAUGAAUACCUUGGAUCAGACAACACUUAUUGGUCCAAUUACCGACGAGAUUUGGGCUGUAAGAUCUGGUGUAAAGAUUUGUGUUUUAAACAGUGCAGAAAUAAUGAAAGAUUUAGAUCCCAAAGAAUAUGAGGAAUCAGAGAAGAAUACUGAAAGAACUGCAUCAAUUUUGCAGUCGUGGUUGAGAGAAAAGAAAACUAUUAUGCCAAACUUGCAUCCAAUCUAUAAUAUCGGAACAUCCACAGUUUGAAUUUUGAAAAGAAAGUCAUUAAUUGCCACACAAUUCUAUUUAUUUAGCGAUGAAAGGAAGAAAUUUUCCGUUUUUUUUUUUAUUGAGUUCAUUACACUUAUGUUUUGUUCAAUUGAAUUGAUCGCCUGAAAUUACUAUUUCAGACACGAUAAUACAAUUCUUGAAUUUUACACUGUCACGCAACUUAUUUAUCCUUAGUUCUGAUACGAUCAUAGAAAAGCUCCUAUCAUCGCAUCAUUGUAAGCGAUGCACGAGCAGCUACAUAUACUGUUCGAUAAUCGCUGUAUAGACUGAAUCAUAAUUAUCAGACCUCUACGUGAAAAAUAGUUUUAGAACUGAAAAAAUUACCGCAGCAUUAUCAAAAUAUACAUACAUAUACGUAUGUCCUAACAGAAACUUGCUGGUUCAUCUCUUCAUUUACUUAAUUUUAGAAAUAAUACUGUAGCGACAGGUUCAGCACGUUUGCAAUGAGUAACUGGUUAACGUUAACAUGCAUAGAAAAUCUGAGAAACGUCUAGUAUUUUUUAUGCAGCGGACUUGCAAUAGCUUUGUCAUAUUUCGUUCAUAAAUUUACAAUGGCUUUCAUUUUUCCUUUCUCUCUCCGUUUCGUCACUUGCACAAGGUGCCUUCUGAAUAACUAAUGACCAAGUUUAACCGGAAGCAAUUACAACCUUGAUAGCCGUUUGAUAAAUUGGUUUUCUUCGCAAAAACGUGGAUCGUUGGUGUACAGUGACCGUCAAGAAUGCAGCUGAAACCCUAAUUUGAGUCUGGGAGGCAAAUAUGAGAAGAGAUUAUGUCCUAAAUUACAGCCAUUCCAUAGCCUUUCUCCAC